AUGCCGUUAGAACUAUCUCGCAGCUCUGAAAACUGCAUAAUAACUAGCUAUAAAGUAACCAGUAAUUCCAAGUAUGCCGUUUAUGCAGAAAUUGAUCUAGAUGGGUCGGUCCAAGGUUCUCUGCGCCUAUUCAACAUUGAUAAACAAAAGAGUAUCCCAUUCAGAUUAUCAUUGAAACUUGGAUUAUAUGAAGAUAAAGACUAUUCAAUAUUGAAUCGAUUAGAACUAGUUGAGGUUCCCCUAAUAAGUAAUAAUACCGUUGAAAAGAAAUCUGUAUUGGUUAUAACUACUGGAAAUGCAAUACAGCUGGUGAGUUUAGAACAACUCUUUGGGCUUCCUGAGACUGACGAAGAGAUACCUACGUGGUAUUUAGCGAAUAAUAAGGAUCGCAUAUUGAGUUAUGUUGCAAAGGCUUUAAAAGAUGGGUCAGUUGAUAUUUGGUUCUGCACAAGGCUUGGGACGAUAUCAACUGUAAAAUACUCUCUUCGUCGAAGAAAAUUCCACUCUUAUCGCGCAUUAGUGGAGUCCAGUGAUGAUUCCUUGAAUUAUAUGUCCUCUGGAUUUGACAGUGCUACUACCUGGGAAGAUAAGGUCGGCCCUGUGAAACAAGUUGCCAUGGCAUGUUUUGACAACAGCAUUUACUGGCUAGACAAUGGCACUCUGGAGAAACAUAAUGUCACCCAGUCAAUGAACCCAGAGGUAGAGAAUACGCUAAUUAGUGUUACUUUUGCUACUGUCAAGCGUCUGCGAACUACCUCUCUCGUGUACUUCUGUGAGUCCAUAACGAAUCUGGGCUGCGUUCUACAUAAAAGGAAUACAAGAGGAGACUGGGACCUCGUACGGAUAUUCGAGCGAACAACUAAUUGCAAGGAAACAUCACCACUGGUGGAUUGUCAGAUGCACUUCAAUGGCGACAGCGAUCUCACUAUCGUAUCAGGAAGCGAGUGCGGGAAGGUUUACAAAUGGAAAUACAAUUACAAGUUGGAUAUAGAAGUAGAAAGCCAAGUUAUCGAGGUAGCUCAAGAAACUGAUAUAAUUCAUUGCAUCCAGCUUGUGGAGGAUUACAGAGCGUACUUUCUAUGCAACAGGGCCGAAUUACAUUACGUAGAUAUUUAA